UCUUUUCUUCCCUCGGCUGAGGCCCUCCGGUUGGGAGAGCUGCAGGCAGAAAGCUGCCUGCCGGGUGGAGGAAGCCGAGAGGACGGUGGGCAAGACCGUCCAGGAGCCCCCGGCCCGCCCGCGGGGGCCAUGAGCGUCCGGCCGGACGCCCCGAGGGAGGAGGGAGAUGCCGGGGACCGGGGACGGGAGGCGGAGCUGCGGGGCCGAGGCGGCGGCCGGCAGCGCCAGCACAGACAGGCCACCCGGUUCCUGCACCAGGACUCGGCCGACCUGCUCCCCCUGGACGGCCUCAAGAGGCUCGGCACCUCCAAAGACUGGCAACCGCACAACGUGAUCCAGAGGCGUCUGGUGGAGGGGAACCCGAGCGGCCUCACGGGGGAGCAUCCCUCGGUGCAGACCGCGAUCCACGGCCAGGAGAGCGGGAGGAGGGCCAGCAAGACAGAAAGGCCAGCUCUUCGGGUCAACUGCAAGUGCCGGGACCAGGUUCUUCAGGUGGCCGUGGACACAGGCACCCACUACAAUCAGAUCUCCGCUGGAUGCCUCAGCCGCCUGGGGUUGGGGAGGAGGGUCCUAGAAGCCCCGGCCCAGGUGGGGCAGCUGGAGCUCCAGCUGGGCCAGGCGACCGUGGCGUGCCCAGCCCAGGUGGUAGACGUGGAGAGCCCUGAACUCUGCCUCGGCCUGCAGACGUGGAGAGCCCUGAACUGCUGCAUUGACCUGGAGCACGGCGCGCUGCGGCUGAAAGCCCCCUUCCCUCAGCUGCCCUUCCUGCCUUGGCGCCAAGAGCUGCCCCAGACCGUCCCCAGGGGGAAGCGCCUUGCCUGAAGGGAAGAGCCACGGG